GUUCAAAUCUGCAGCACAGGUCUUUGUCCUGUGUUUUUACCCGGAUAGAAAAAAAGACAUAUUUGUUUCUUGCCGUCGGCUGUUUCUAAUAACUGUCCAAAAAUAACAUAUUAUUACGUGUUCAGCCAAUACACUAGGACUAUAGCAUCCACUUGUAAACGUGUGUGUUUUGAACUGUGUAGAAUUGUUCAUCCAUCACUCAUGGGUCCGGUCCUCCCUUCCGCCGUGACUCGCCUAGCCUCGCGGUUACGCCCCCCGGUCACAGAGAUAAAUGGUCAGUUUCGUAAGGGCGCAUGCUUACAGUUAACUCCACAUCCUCCGGUUCGUAAUUCCGGUUCAUGAACAGCCUGGGUCUCGAGGAGUAGGAAGACACACCGGGGAGCUCGCUCACCUCAGUCUCUAAUCCGUCCUCGACGGUCCGUCCUGUGUCACACAUGUUCUGCUGAGGACGCGCUCCCCAACCGAAAAAAAACGACCAUGUCCACCGGGUCGCUUAGCGACGUAGACGACGAGCUCCUGGACGGGAUCCUGAAGUUCGGCUCUUCCGGUAAAGACUCCGGUACGUCGAACGAGAGCACCGGGGAGAGUUCGAACUGCGAAGGCGGCUCGGCCAACGACAAAACAGCCCGGGGAAAGAAACGGAAAACAGGGUCCGGUAGGAAAACCGCGCUGAACGGCGUGGCGCACGAUGGGGGUGGCAAGCAGCCUCAGAGGAACGCGGCCAACGCACGGGAGAGGGCAAGGAUGCGCGUGCUAUCCAAAGCGUUUUCCCGUUUGAAGACGACUUUACCGUGGGUCCCGCCGGACACCAAGCUCUCCAAACUGGACACACUUCGACUCGCCUCGAGCUACAUAGCCCAUCUACGGCAGAUCCUCGCCAACGACAAAUACGAGAACGGAUUUAUCCACCCGGUGAACCUGACGUGGCCCUUCAUGGUCGCCGGGAAACCGGAGAAUGAUUUGAAAGAGAUGCUCAACACCACCCGGUUGUGUGGAACAACCGCCUCGUGAUGUAACGGAUGGACAUGACAUGAACAUUAACCGUCAAAAAGGGAUGGACAUGAUACAUUUUUGGGGAAUUUUUCAGAUGGACAGAAAUGCACGUCAUCUCUCCUAAACCAAAUAAUGAGAGGGAAUACCGGGAGAGCGCGCGCUCUCUCACGCGUUCCGAUACAGAGAAGCUGAUUUUAUAUUUAAAGUGUUCACAUGUUGCCUUUGCUGGUUCGAGGACAUAUUGUGUUUUGUAUACGUUUUUAUAAUCUUAAAAAUGCUUAAAAAAAAAACUUUGUCACACGAGUAUUUGUUUUACAGGUGAUGUUGUCAGUCGCCGCGUUAGAAGUGCAUAUUAAACAUAUCUCAAUAUCCUAUCUGAAUAGCCAGAUUUUAUAUGAAUAAAAUGUAUUCAUCGCAUCAUUUUCUUCCCCAAAUGUGCAUUGUGUUGAAGUUGGACUAAGAGGAAUUUAAAUUCUACAGGGCACAUUUUGGUUGUUUACUGUAGACUAUAAGGCUAUUUUCCUGCUAACCCAAUAACCCCUGGUUAUUACCGAUCCCUCAAAAUCACAGCACACAACUCUAGAAACGAGCACCGGGGGAGAAAAAUAAUCUACGUGUCCACAGGUCCAGGUUUAUUUCUCUCCUUAUCUCCUAAAGUAAACACUGGAUAAAGCCUACUAGACUAUCUCGUUAAAAAAAUAUAUAAAUAUAUGGUUUGCGCCUUGGUUAGGGCCCGUGUUUCACUUAUACAAUUAUUCCAUGGUGGUUUUCUUCCUUUUGACGUGAAUAAAUAUCGGUAAAAGCGUCUCAAGAGAAUAGGUAUGUAGGUUGGAAGGUUUCAACCUUUUUGAAAGUUGCAAAAAUGUGCGCGCGGCGCUUAAUCAGGUUGCAGACGCCUUGUUUAAUUCACGCGGGUUAAUGACAGUACUGUUUAUACACGGAAGACAGAUAUUUAUGCAGCUAGCAGCUCACCCUGGCGCGUUAGACAGGGAGGAUAAACCCGGUCUGGGACAGCCCGGUGUCACUAUGCAGCACACACACACACACACCAGCUCCUUGUCACUAUGCAGCUACAUUGUUUAACAGCUGCAAACUCAGAGAUUAUUAUAGGAGAGGAGAGGAGAGGAGAGGAGAGAGGAGAGGAGAGGAGAGGAGAGGAGAGGAGAGGAGAGGAGAGGAGAGGAGAGCAUGGUGUAAUAACAAGCCCCCACAUCCAUCUAUUAGUGUCAUGUUAUUAUAGCGAUCCACAGGCGGGAUGACCCACACAUAGCCUCGCUGGGACAGAUUGUAUACAGUUGCCUGCCGAAAGUAUUCACAUCAAUUAUACUUUUUAAACAUUUUGUUAUGUUACAAAGUGGAAUUAAAAUAGAUUUAAACUGUAAUAUUCUUUUGUCGUCAACAAUUGACUAACAAAAUAUGAUGUAAUGUCAAAAUGGAAUAUUUUAUCUUAUUACAUGUAUUUUUUAAUAUUGGAAAAUAAAAACACAAAUAUAUUUGGACAAUUAUUAAAUCUCCUCAAUACA